AUAUCUCGGCAUAUCUAUCGAUAAGACACCGGCUUUUUCCUCUUUUUCUUCACGUUGCAAAGAAAUGCGUGGCGAUGGCAAUCCGUGGCGAUUAGCGCAGAUUGUUAAAGUAAUUCCAGUAGCGAGCUAUAACGAAGCACCUUGAUCUCGUCAUGCAGAACGAUCGGGACAGUGAGUGUUCAGCUUCAGAUUUCGGCCGAACAUCGAGACGAGCGUGAUUUUUGCAGGUGAAAUAUGGAAGCUGCAGGAAAACACGUUGACGAUGUUCGCGGCAGAAAUCGUCGGCACAGGCAUUCUCAUAUUCAUCGGUUGCAUGGGUUGCAUCGGUACUAUGGGACCCGCGCCACCUCCGCCGCUGCAAACUGCAUUGACUUUCGGUUUGACGGUGAACCUUAUAAUUAUGAUGUUAGGUCACAUAAGCGGAGCUCAUCUUAAUCCGGCCGUCACGAUCGGUGCUGUCAUCGUGGGCCUGAAAUCGAUCCCGACAGCCGCGGUUUACGUCCUGGGCCAGUUCAUCGGCGCUACCGUGGGAUACGGACUCUUAAAAAUGAUAACGCCGGCGGAGCUGUUCAACGACGGGAACCCAAAUUCGACUGCCGGUCUUUGCGUCACGGUCGUCCAUCCAGAAGUCAGCAGCGUGCAGGCAAUACUAAUUGAAGUGUUUUGCACGAGUUGUAUACUAUGUGCGGCCUGCGCCACGUGGGAUCCCAGAUGCGCCCAUACUACAGACUCGACCGCUCUCCGAUUCGGCCUAUCGGUCGCUGCCAUUUCGUUUGCGGCGAGCCCUUACACUGGAUGUAGUAUGAAUCCAGCACGAACGUUUGGCCCCGCAUUUUGGAAUAGCGCGUGGAAAGAUCAAUGGAUUUAUUGGCUUGGUCCUAUCUUAGGAGCUUUGCUUGGGACGUAUGCUUAUCAAAUACUGUUUGCGGAAAAGCAGUCAAAGAAGAGAGUCUCCGUUAAUUUACCACAACUGGAUAACAUAUGCAAUAUAAAUAAUGAAAAAAUUUAAUUAUUCUCUGAUCCGUAAGAAAA